CGUGUCUUGUUGGGUUGGGUCUUCUUUAUUUGGUUCAUCUCCUCUCCUUUGGAAUAUUUAACUGCAGAGGUCAAGUUAUAUCACUGGUUCGAAGGAAACAAUAUUCCAUUUUUAUUCAACUCUCAAUCAGAAUUCCAUACAUUCCCCACGAACCCUAAUUCAUUUACCCCCAAAUUCCUUCCAUUUUUUCUUCUUUUUCUUAUAGCCGAAGCCAUAAGAAGGACUACCAGACCCUCCGAUUCAAUCUCUCUCACUCGAGAUCUCAUCUGGGUUUUCAUCUCCUUCUCUGAUUAUGGUAUUUACUCUAUUAAAUAACCUUUGCAUGGAUUUUCCGGGGUGAUGUGGCAUAAAUGGAAGGAGAAGUUUUUUCACAAACUGUCCAACUAUAUCAAAUCUUUCCUGGGGAUUGACCAAAUUGUCUUUAAUGAUGAACAUGAAACCUUCUUCUCGCCCAGACAUAUACUUUAGGCCUAUAAGACCCUCUGACCUUGGGACUUUAGAGAAAAUUCAUGGUGAUUUAUUCCCAAUUCGGUAUGAAACCGAGUUUUUCCAAAAUGUGGUAAAUGGACGCGAUAUUGUAUCCUGGGCAGCUGUUGAUCGCAGUCAAAUAAAUGGCCAAAGCGAUCAACUUAUUGGGUUUGUAACAGCACGGAUCGUUCUUGCAAAAGACAGUGAGGUAGGGGAUAUGCUCAGUUAUGAUUCAUUAAAAUCUGAUCAAACUUUGGUCUACAUUCUUACGCUGGGAGUAGUAGAAGGCUACAGAAACCUUGGCAUAGCAUCUUCACUUAUUCGCGAAGUCAUAAAAUAUGCCUUGAGUGUUCCAACUUGCCGAGCUGUUUACUUGCAUGUUAUUUCUUAUAAUAAUCCAGCAAUCCAUUUGUACAACAAAAUGUCUUUUAGGUGUUUACGGAGACUUCAAGGUUUCUACUUGAUCAACGGUCAGCAUUAUGACUCUUAUUUGUUUGUUUACUAUGUAAAUGGCGGCCGAUCUCCCUGCUCACCAUUAGAGAUUGCAACGGCUAUGGUCAAAUACAUGAGGAAUGCAUUUAAGUCGAUGUCAGCACGACUAUGGAGGAAUGAGGAUAGGAGGGUGAAAUGGCCUAAAAGUAGAGAAAAUCGUUGCCUAACGACGCAGAGGAGAAACCUAGCAGCCGAGUGUUCAGGGUGUGAAUGUGUUUGAGUCUUUGUUAUCUAUAUUGAAAAUUGAGGGAACAAAAGGAAAAAUGAGUUCGUGUAGGUGAUAUUGUGAUUGUAAAAUCUUUUACCUUAGCCUUUUUAUGCGUGUUGUUUUCUUUUGUUAGCCUCGUCUUGAAAUGAAAUUGAAAUAGUAAGAAUAAUAUUGAUAAUAAUAAUAACGAAUAUAUUUUAUCA